GUCGGAGGUGAGGAGACGUCGCCGGGUGAGGAAGCGGUGGGCUAGCGGCCUGGCGCAGCGGCGACCGACCGGGGCGUCAGGAUCCCUGGCCCCGGAGAGCGAAGGGCAGGCGGGUCCCGGAGCUCGGUGCAGUUCGGACCUUCACGCCGCAGCAAAAGACUUCUGUCCCCCAGGCACCUUCACUAACCCGGUGCGGAGCACUUGGCGACGCCUCCCUGCCCGUUUCAGGUCUCUCGGCUCAUCGCUGCUCUGGGCACCAGCUGCCUCUUGGCUGGCGCUGCUGUCACACGGUGGACUGUUCUGGCCUUACUGAGCUGCCGUUUGGGGACAUCGGAUUCAGGUCGUAUGGGGAGAAACGAGUGUAACUUUACAAGCAAGAAGAAUUGUAUAAAAAUGUAAAAAACAUUUAUGUGUGCUUCAAAUGUGGCAUGAAAAAAAUGAGGACCUCUGGUGAAAAUGGCCUGAGUUUAGAAUUUCAUGCUGGAAGGAAAGUUGGACGUAACUUCUAAUUUCUAGUUCCAGUAAGCAUCUCUUCUUGGAAAAUUUCCAAAAAAGAGUCCUGCUCUGUUGCCCAGGCCGGAGUACAUUGGUGUGAUCAUGGUUCACUGCAGCCUCGACCUCCCAGGCUCAAGCAAUUCUCCUACCUCAGCCUCCUGAGUAACUGGGACUAUAGGAGUUCUUUGAAGAAAAAUGUGCUUCUUGAAUCAACUGCAGUCUCUCCUCUACAUAAGAGCUCUUAAGGGUACUAGCAGGAUAGAAGCAAAUGAAACUGAAAGCUCAUCUGCAGCUCAGAAAAACAAAGACAUGGAAUUUUAAAGAGUGAAGGUAGCAUGGUGUCGGCCAUGGGUGAACAAGACACAGCCAGACAAUGUGGACCAAUUUCUUCAAACUACGGCUUUUCUGCUGUCUGCUUGCAGUGUUGAUGGUAGUGGUGCUGGUCGUCAAUGUUACUCAGGUAGAGGCUGGAGCACAGUGGCACGAUCUCAGCGUACUGCAACCUCUGCCUCCUGGGUUCAAGCAAUUCUUGUGCUUCAGCCUCCUGAGUAGCUGAGAUUACAGUACUUGGACCAUGAGACUGUUUCAGCCACAUUCAUCGACAGCAGUGGACAGUUUGUUUACUCCCAGGUGACAGGAAUUAGCCGAAAUCCCUACUGUGGCUAUGAUCAGCAGACCCUGUCCAGCCAGGAGCGCAUGGAGGAGGACUCCUUGCUGGCUGCCUUGCACCAGCAGGUUCCUGAUGUGGGCCCAGUCCCCUUUGUGAAGAGCACUGACCCUUCUUCCAGCUACUUUGUCAUCUUGAACUCUGCUGCCUUCUUUAAGGUGGGAAGCCAGCUGGAGGUGCUGGUUCAUGUACAGGAUUUUCAAAGAAAGCCCAAGAAGUAUGGUGGAGACUACCUGCAGGCCAGAAUUCACUCCCCCAAGCUGCAGGCCGGGGCUGUGGGCAGGGUGGUGGAUUACCAGAAUGGGUUUUACAAGGUUUUCUUUACUUUGCUAUGGCCAGGCAAAGUUAAAGUGUCCGUAUCUCUGGUCCACCCCAGCGAAGGGAUCAGAGUUCUUCAGCGCUUACAGGAAGAUAAACCAGACAGGGUCUAUUUCAAGAGUCUCUUCCGUUCAGGAAGAAUUUCUGAAACUACUGAGUGCAACGUGUGUCUUCCUGGGAAUCUGCCCCUGUGUAACUUUACAGACCUCUACACUGGAGAGCCCUGGUUCUGCUUCAAACCAAAGAAGCUCCCUUGCAGCAGCAGAAUUACCCAUUUCAAAGGUGGAUACCUGAAGGGUCUCCUAACUGCUGCAGAGAGUGCUUUCUUCCAGAGUGGUGUCAAUAUCAAAAUGCCAAUCAACUCCAGUGGACCUGAUUGGGUAACUGUGAUUCCCAGGAGAAUAAAAGAAACUAACAAUCUAGAACUAUCUCAAGGCUCAGGAACUUUUCCUUCUGGGUAUUAUUAUAAAGACCAGUGGAGGCCCAGAAAGUUUAAGAUGCGUCAGUUUAAUGACCCUGACAAUAUUACAGAGUGCUUACAAAGAAAAGUGGUGCAUUUAUUUGGUGACUCAACAAUCAGGCAGUGGUUUGAAUACCUUACUACAUUUGUUCCAGAUUUAGUGGAGUUUAACUUGGGUAGUCCCAAGAAUGUGGGUCCCUUCCUUGCAGUGGACCAGAAGCACAACAUCCUGCUCAAAUACCGCUGCCAUGGUCCACCCAUCCGCUUCACGACCGUCUUUAGCAAUGAGCUCCAUUAUGUGGCGAAUGAGCUGAAUGGCAUUGUGGGAGGGAAGAACACAGUGGUUGCCAUAGCUGUAUGGUCUCACUUCAGCACCUUCCCUUUGGAAGUAUACAUUCGGCGGCUCAGGAACAUCCGUCGAGCAGUGGUUCGGCUCCUCGAUCGAAGCCCAAAGACCAUGGUGGUCAUCCGGACGGCCAACGCCCAAGAGCUGGGACCUGAGGUGAGCCUUUUCAACAGCGACUGGUACAACUUUCAGCUGGACACCAUCCUUCGGAGGAUGUUCUCAGGGGUUGGAGUAUAUCUCGUCGAUGCCUGGGAGAUGACCCUGGCCCAUUAUCUACCGCACAAGCUGCAUCCAGAUGAAAUUAUUGUGAAGAACCAGCUGGACAUGUUCUUGUCCUUUGUGUGCCCCUUGGAGACCUAGCCUGUCUUGGAAGGGACUGGAGGAAUCAUAUUCAAUGACCUUCUCAAUUGACCUGAGUUACAGAAAGUGGCCCCAGUGAGAGAUGACUGCCAUUAAUAAGUAUAAAAUUUCAAAAAGAUCUGGACUUAAUAUGAUGACUUAUAAGGAGCUUAAAAAAUGCAGGUUACAUUUAUAUCUAUCUAUAGGAUUUUAUCCAAUGUUGACUUAGCCAUGGUAGAACUCUUAACAGCAUUUACACACUAUAUUGCUCUUGUAACCAAAGAUGCUAAUGAGUGUAUUUGAAUUAGCUUCUCCUGGGAGGGGUGACUACUUUGCUAAAGAGUAUGAAAAAUGUUCUGAUGGAAGGGACAAGUUUGGUUGGUAGUAGAGUGUUUGUAGCUUAUCUGGUAAAGGAAAUUGAGUGCAUCUGCAUGCAUAGCACAAGUAGUCCAUCUUCUGGCGGUUAACUAGAGAAAGCUUAUAGUCAGAGGCUCUUGUGAAUGCACUGAAGACUGCUGUGUCUCAGGAGUUUCUCUUGAUCUACCUUUUCUGAAUUACAUGAAAAGGCCAAUGUGCUUGGUUCGAGUUUUUUAGUGAGAAUAUUUACAUUUUCCUGCUUUUAUCUAGAAAAGAAGCAAAAGGGAAAUAUGAAAGCAGUAUAUAUAAAAUCUGUGCUUUGGAAUUGAUAUUUGCAUUUGGUGAUUGUUUUUUAUUUGAUUCAGCUAAAUUUUAUGUGUUGAAUACUUACUCUAGAAUAACUACUUUUGGAACUGGAAGGGGGAAAUCUGUAAAUGGAAAUUUAUUUUUAUGUUCUGAAAUUUGAGGGUUUAAGAAUUGACUUUUGUGUAAAGAAUGCUACUGUAUUAUAAAGCUGUGGAAGUUUUUUCCACUAGUUUCAGGAGUUUUUUGUUGUUGUUAUUUAGAACUACUUACCAAAAUUAGAAGUUAAAAUCUAAUUAGAAAUUAAUAAGUACUAAAAUUCAUGACAGGUUUUUUGUUUGUUUGUUUGUUUUUGGUAUUUCUUGAUUUGGGCAUAAAAGGCACACCCAUUCUCUCAUGCUUGGAAGAAGCUGCUAUUCCUACUGGCUAUCUGAGAAGAAUGGAAUUAUUAAUUUUAUUUGACUAAUUAAUUUUAAAUGAGUUUAAUUUGGGAUCAUUUAGUAAGUACUCUUUUCUUUUUGAGCUGUGAUAGACUAUAGUCUAGUUUAAGUUGCUCCUAAGUAGACAGAUGAAGAAACUAGGGAGGCUUUAGAGAGGAAGACAGAUGGUUGAAGUAUGAACAAUAUAUACCCUUAGAAGAAUGGGUCAAAUAAUUUGGAUUUUUAAUUUAAAAUAGGAGGGCCCCAGAUCUUACUUUCCUAUCCUUGAGGAACACCUUCAAGUUUUUAAAGUAUUUUAUGGGGAAAGAAGAUUUUUAAUUGUUUCUGAGUCUAAUGAGGUAAUAAAAUAUAUUAAAAUAGUUUAAUUUUAAUGGUCCUUACGCUUUACAGUACCUAAGGAUCACUUCUAGUAUCUGACAAAAAUGCAGAAUUAAAGAGUCAUGGCAGGGUAUGGUAGCUCAAGCCUGUAAUCCCAGCACUUUGGGAGGCCAGGCAGGAGCAUUGCUUGAGGCCAGGAGUUUGAGACCAGCCUGGGCAACAUAGUAAGACCUCGUCUCUACAAAAAAUAAAAAAUUAUCCAGGUGUGGGCCGACAGUCCCAGCUACUAGGGAGUCUAAGGCAGGGUGAUAGAUUGAGCCCAGUAGUUUGCGGCUACAGUGAGUUAUGAUUGCGCCACUACACUCCCACCUGGGCAACAGACAAGAGAUCUUAUCUCUAAAAAAUUUUUGUUAAAUAAUAAAAGAAUUAAGGCCAGGGAUGUUGGCUUACACCUGUAAUCCCAGCAGGGAUUACAGUCUUGGGAGGCUGAGGUGGGCGGAUUGCUUGAGCCCGGAAGGUCAAGACCAGCCUGGGUGCCAUGGUGAAACCCCAUCUCUACAAAAAAAUACAAAAACUAUCUGGGUGUAGUGGCACCUGACUGUAGUCCCAGCUACUUAGGAGGCUGCGGUGGGAGGAUCGCUUGAGCCCAGGAGGCAGAAGGUUGCAAAGGUUGCAGAGGUUGCAGUGAGCCUUGAUUGUGCCACUGUACUCCAGUCUGGGCAACAGGUCUUUGGGACCAUGAUGCCUCUGGGAUUUAUGGAACCAACCUUUGUGGCGAAUGCUCAGUGAUUCUGAUGCAAUGGUGGUAUUCCACACUUUGAGAAACACUAAGAGAAGAGGUAAGAUAGAAUGAGGGAAUAAACAUGGCUUGUUUAUUAUUUUGGUGGAUUUACCAAUAACUGGCUUAAUUCUGUUCAUGAUCCAAUAGUAUUGGUGAUAUUAGCUCCAUUUUAUAGAUGAGGAACUCAAGUUUAGAUUUGAAAUAAGGUAUGUGAGAGUCCAUAUCUCUUUUCAGCUAAACUUGUGAGACUUUCAUAAAGAAGGGUUUGUAUUUAUUUAUUUGUUUUUGAGACAGGGUCUUGCUCUUUUGCCCAGGCUGGAGUGCAGUGGCAUGAUAUGGCUCACUGCAGCCUUGACUUCCUGGGCUCAAGGGAUCCUUCUACCUCAGCCUCCUGAGUAGCUGGGACUACAGGUAUGUACCACCAUGGCCAGCUAAUUUUUGUAUCUUUUUGUAGAGACUAGGUUUUGCCAUGUUGUCCAGGCUGGUCUUAAACUCCUGAGCUCAAGCUAUCUGCCCACCUCAGCUUCCCAAAGUGCUGGGAUUACAGGUGUGAGCCACUGUGCCCAGCCGAGAGUUCUUCUUUUCAUGAAAGAACUUGACAUUUCCUCAAGGAUUUAUAAAGGAGGCUGAGGAGUAAUUUUCCCAGGAGAAUUUUAAAAAGAAAUAGGGCAUUGCUCCUCCAGUGGUUUGGAAUGGUGCCACUUGAUUGUGCAAAUGAUUUCUUAUGAUCUUGUCUGGUUUUCUGUUAUUUUUUGAUUUGGUGACAUAGCUCUUAAAGAUUUGGUGACACAGCUUCUUGAGUCACUUGCAUCUCUCUUAAAAAAAAACUUUUUUUUAACAACUUUUAAGUUCAGGGGUACAUGUGCCAGUUUGUUUCAUAGGUAAACUUAUGUCAUGGGGGUUUGUUGUACAGAUGAUUUCAUCACCCGGGUGUUAAGCCUAGUACCCAUUAGUAAUUUUCCUGAUCCUCUCCCUCCUCCCACCCUCCACCCUCCACCCGACCCCAGUGUGUGUUGUUCCCCUUUGUGUGUCCAUGUGUUCUCAUCAUUUAGCUCUCGCUUAUCAGUGAGAACAACUUUCAUCCCACAUCUAAUUUGUCUUUCUUCACUCUGGUGUGGACAUUUUGAUAGACAUUCCAAUUUGAUAGAGAUUCCAAUAUCACUUAAAUGUUUCCCAGAAUAUUUAGAUAGAAUAAUUUAGUUUCUUCUGAAAAGUUUAUUUUAGGCUAGUGCCACAUGGUUGUGAAUAUUAGCAUGGUAGCCAAAUAAUAGUUUGUUUUGAAUAUAUAUUUCCCAAUAUAAAUAUAAGGGGCGUCAAAAUUUUUAAAAAUCUAGAAGAAAAAUCUAUGGAUAAAAUCCAUAAUUCUGUCAUCUGAAUGCAAUGAACAUUAGCAUUUAGGUAUAUUUUCUUGCAGGUUUUUUAACCAUAUACUUAUAGAGAAUAUGUAAUUUGGGUCUGUGUUUUUUACAUAUAAAUAUUUUUCUAUGUUAAAUAGUCUUCAUAAGUUAAUUAUAAAGAUCUGCUUAAUAGUUCUGCUACUGCAGUUUUCAUUAUUAGAUAAGUUGGUCAUUAUGGUUGGACAUUCAGGUUUACAGUAUUAAAGCAGUGGUUUAUAUCAAUUUCAGUGGUUUAAAAUAUGAAUUUCUAUUUUGGAAUGACAGUAUUAAUUUAAUGUAGUGAAUCUCAUAUUCCAGAACUGAGAUGAUUGAUUUGAUUCUAUUUGUGACAGACAGAACCCAUAAUAAAGCCUAUCUAUGCAAAGUACAUUUUAUAGAAUUAUCCUACUAAAAGUAACCUUUCUUCAGCGAAUGCAAAACAGACCUUUGGUGUUCCAGUAUGAUUCAUUUUGCCAUUCUGAACAACUAUCAUUUUAAUGAAGACCACUCAACUGACACUUCCUGGAUUCAAUUACUAAGUUUCACAUUGAAACUUGAUCCAGUUUAAUAACUGAAUCCAGUUUCACAUUUAUCAAUCUGAAAACUUAGUUUGCAGAUUGGUAAAUCAGGGUACUUGACAAGAAUAAAUAUGGUAAGCCUUUAUAUAUUCAUGUGUUACAUGCCAGAAAUGAGUCUGUUACUGGACGCUGUUCAAGGAAAUAGUGAUGACUGAGAGAGGUACAGGGAAGUAAACACCCAAGGGAAACAACAGAAAUAAGCCUCCCCAACUUUCUAAAAAACUGCUCAGCAUUAUCUCUGUGGGUUCUGGGUAAAUUCAGCUUUUUAACAUCAGCUAGUCACUAAUGCCAGAAAUUCCACUUCAAGUGUAUUUAUUUUCUUGUGUUAAGCAUUAUUCUACCUGGUUUAUGUCUACAAUGUAGUAUUAGUGUACUUAGGAUUCUUGACACCUCAGUGUGCAAUAAAUAAAAUUUUGAAGUUGUUUUUCAUUUGAAGGUGAGACCACAGCCGCUGAGUGCUAAGGGGACCUGGGAAUCCUAGGGGAAUGGAGGUGGUGGAAGAUAAGAGGAUGGUUGAGGGCAGGACUUUAAAGGACACAGAAGCUAGGAGAACACAAAAUGUACUCCACCAACUUCAGUCUAACUUGUCUCUUAAAAGUGCUUUUACAUUUUAACUUUUUAAAAAAAUGUGGGCCAGGCAUGGUGGCUCAUGCCUGUAAUCCCAGCACUUUGGGAGGCCGAGGUGGGCGGAUCACCGGAGGUCAAGAGUUCAAGACCAGCCUGACCAAUAUGGUGAAACCCCGUCUCUACUAAAAAUACAAAAAUAGCCGGGCGUGGUGGCACAUGCCUGUCAUCCCAGCUACUCGGGAGGCUGAGGCAGGAGAAUCGCUUGAACCCGGGAGGUGGAGGUUGCAGUGAGCUGAGAUCAUGCCAUUGCACUCUAGCCUGGGCAACAAGAGUGAAACGCUGUCUCAAUAAAUAAAUAAAUAAAAAAUAAAGAAGUGUGAACUUAAAUAUAUUUAUAUGUGUGUACAUAUAUUUUCUUUUUUAAUAUUCUGGUUAAAUGAGAGGCCAUCGGGCCUCUUUUAGUUUUAAGAGUCUAAUGAUGUGUAUAUCUAAUGCCCAUUCCAACUGGAUUGUAACUGCUUGGGGAAGAUAACUUAAAGUAGUACCGAGAUUACAGCAGCUAGUGUCCUAAAUGGAAAAGAAGUGAAACUAAAUGUCAUAGGAGAAAUCCUUUGAGUUUUGUGCAGUGGUUCAUUUGCUGUUAAAUCUACCCCAUUACCAUUCCCCUUACCCCUUGAAAAUAAAGUGAUCUUCAUGUUACAGGACCAUUGCUUUAUUUAUGUCACAGAUUUCUUGUCCUUUAAUUAGUCAGUGAAGGCACAUGAUUGCGAUACUACUUUUUGACUGCCGUAUUGUAAAAGCUGUAUUGUAAAAGGUAACUCCCUCCACCCGCCUACUGCACCCUUACGUUUAGGGGCCACACAGAAAAAGCGAAAUAAGAUGAGGUGAAUCUAAUCAGAAGGCAACUCUAAUGCCCAGCAGGAGAUUCACUAGGACAUUUUAAAAGGACGUCUUUAAGGAAAAAGUUUUGUUUGUAGAUGUUGCCUCUGAUUCCUCCCUGCGGCUCCAGUCCAGGUCUUGGAGCCGGCCCUCGAGGGGAAUGUCCGGGACUCGGGUCGGUACCUUUUUGGUCUGGGAAUUUCCAGUGUGCAGAAAAAAAAUCCACAAAUCUAGGCCUCGCUGCCCCCUCCCUGCCUCCUCUGGCCCUCCUCAGUGCCCACGCAACCCGGUUCGAAAGAGAGGAUGACCGUAUUCUGUAUUUUAGAAAACAGGCUCUUAGCUUCCCCCGCCCCCGUCCUCACUUGAGUGGAGAACUGAAAGCGAACGCUAUAAAGGGCGCCAGUGAGAGGGGCUGGCCUCCUCUUGCCACGAGGUCAGACGGCGAGUUCUUAGAGAAAAAGGCUGCUUAGCUGCUGCUUAUCAUGUAACCUCAAAAGGAAACUGAUCGUCUUUCUCAUGCUGUCACGUACUUGGGUUAUUAUCGCUGAUUAUAGCUGGAAACAAUUGAUUUGCUCUUACGUAUUUGUGUGACUUGACUCUUCAAACACAAAGGUUAACAGGAAGAUCUCGAGGGCCCUGGCUGAACUUCACCUUUUGGCUUUCUUGGCCUGAUGCUGAACUCUCGAGGCUCAUCAGCUGCCAUUAGUGUUAGUGUAUUUUAUGUGUGGCCCAAGACAAUUCUUCUUCCGCUGUGGCCCAGGGAAGCCAAAAGAUUGAACAGCCCUGGUGUGGAGGAGUUCUUAGAAGAAUUCCUGGCAUUCCAGCAUUCCAUUGGCAUGCUGAUGGCAGUCUGGAGGAUGGGUUUUAAGUGGGCAAGGCUGGAUGGGUGAUCAUUUGCAUCAGGUAAGAGAUAAAGGCCUGUCUAGGAUAGUGGAAAUUAGAGAUGGAGAAGAGAGGAGGGUUUCAGAACGAGGUGUUCAACAAUUAUGAGUCCAAUCUGGAACUAUUGAGUUGACUGAUAGGACAUUGCCUACAUUCGAUCCCUAAAAAUUAUUUAAAUCUUUACUUACUAAUUUAUUUGUAAAAACUGUAUUUUCUAAAAAAAAAAAAAAAAAAAAAAAACUUUGUGAAAACAGUAUUGUUUCACAUCUUUGCAAAUUUCUUAACAUCCGGUUUUACAAAAGACAGAUUUUCAUAUUUGCUUCUGCAUUUAAUUUGUUGCAGUUGACCAGGUGUGGGGGUUUAUGCCUGUAAUCCUAGUGACUUGGGAGGCUGAGGUGGGAGGAUCACUUGAAGCCAGGAGUUCCAGACAAGCCUAGGCAACACAGCCAGACCCCAUCUCUACAAAACAUGAAAAAUAAAAAAAAUUAGCCAGGCCUGGUGGGGCAUGCCUGUAGUCCUAGCUACUGGGGAGACUGAGGUGGGAGGAGAGCUUGAGCCCAGGAGUUAGAGGUUACAAUGAGCUAUAAUCAUGCCAUUGCACUCCAGCCUGAGUGACAGAGUGAAAUCCUGUCUCUUAAAAAAGAAACGUGUCACAAUAUGUUAUGUUGGUGAAAAUAUAAAGAAAAUCUGGUCUCAUACACACAUGUAGUUGGAAAAGGAAGAAAUAGCUUAAUAGUCUUUUCAGGUAAUUUGGAUAUUCUAAUUUAAUAUUAUACCAAAACAAGUGGUAGUUCCUUAAAGGAGAGAUGCAAGAUGGAACCUGAAACCAUAUCAAUGAACUUUUUAUCUUCUGAUACAUUAAAAUCCAUUGGCCACUCUCGCACUUUGAAUGGCUCUUUCACCCAUCUGUGAUUUUAUAAUGUCUUGUAUUGUUCAUUUGGAAAUUAUUAGUUAAUUGAGUUAUGUAAAUUUUCUAAAUGUUGCCACAUUUCAUUAUAUAAUAUAAAAAAUAAUCACAUUUGUUAAUAGCACAUCACCACUGGGCUCAUCAAAAAAGUCUUCUAGAACUAGGAAGCUAUCAAGCUCAAGGUGUCCAACAGAAGUUUCCCAAAAUUGUAAUUUUUAUUUAAAAACUUGAAUUUUAUUAUUGGCAACAAAUACUGUUAUUUUCCUUGACAUGAUAGGCUCACUUUGUUCAUUAAAAAACCAAACCAAACCAAACCAAAAACUGACAAAUACCUGAGUCUGAAACAGUUUGUCAGUCAAGUAUAAUUGGUGUUCCAUGAAAAACAGAGGGCAGUUCAACUCACAGCUCAAACAGUAUUUGAUUAGAACAAAUGGCAAUAACAUAUUGUUCAAGCUAAUAGACAAGUGCAUUUCCUUGAGAUAAUUGUCAUAUUUCAGGAUGCAGCACAAACUUCUAUGCAUAUUUCCCAUUUUGCCACAUAAAAUAUUAAAAUGAUGUAUACAAGAGUCAAUUAAUACUGUUACUGCUUCAUCCAGGACUUUUUAGGUGAAACUGGCUUUAUAUUCUUUUUCUUUCUGGAAGUAGACAGUGGUGAAGAAUACAAUGAUUACUAGUUCAUUUUGUUGCCACUGCCUUGAUUUGUUUUAAGGCACCAUUAGUUAUACCCAUUGCUUUUGUACCAUCAUUUCAAAUGUAAACACAAUUGUUUCAGGAUAAAUGAUGAGAUUCGAAAAGUUAUUGUACAUUUUAAAUGUUUCAGCAUUCCUUGUGUUUGUUGUCAUGAAUUCAGAUAAAACACCUUUGAUGACUGGCUGGUGCUGGAAAUGAAUAUAACCAAAAUAGCAAGUCCAGACAGUCCGUAGAUCUAUCCAUUUCUAAGGCAAAAGCGCAAUUCUGCAGACAAAACCAGUUUGCAGUUAAGUCUUUAAUUCAGUGAGCUACUGCGUUGUUGCAAAGUGGCAGUGCUGUGAUUUCUUUUGUUGACUUUUCAUCUAGAAAGCAUUCAGCAAAAUAAACUCUACCAGGCUUUAUUGGUCUUUCAGCUAUGAUGUUCAUUUCUUCAGCCAAAGCAGUACAAUAACUUAUCCUGUAAGAUACUGGCUUUUUCAUCUCAAGUUUGAAAAGCUGUUCCAAAUUGUCUUUGGCUUUUCAAAAGUUCAUUACAUCUACACUUAAAAAUCCAAUUGUGGCUGGGCACGGUGGCUCACGCCUGUAAUCUCAGCACUUUGGGAGGCUGAGGAGCGGGAGAUCAUGAGAUCAGGAGAUUGAGACCAUCCUGGCUGACACGGUGAAAGCCCGUCUCUAUUAAAGAUACAAAAAAUUAGCCGGGCAUGGUGGCGGGCACCUGUAGUCCCAGCUACUCGGGAGGCUGAGGCAGGAGAAUGGCGUGAACCCGGGAGGCGGAGCUUGCAGUGAUCCGAGAUCGCGCCACUGCAGUCCAGCCUGGGUGGACUGGAAUCCAAUUCCUUUUUUUUUUUUUUUUUGAGACAAGGUCUCGCUCUGUCAUCCAGGCUGGAGUACAGUUGUAUGAUCAUAGCCUACUGCAGCCUUGACUUCUUGGGCUCAAGUGAUCCUCCCACUUCGGCCUCCCAAGUAGCUGGGACCACAGGCAUGUGCCACCAUGCCCAGCUAAUUUUUUAACUUUUUAUUUUAUGUAGAGAUGGGGUCUCGUUAUAUUGCCCAGGCUGGUCUUGAACUUCUGGGCUCAAGCAAUACCUCCUGCCGUGGCCUCCCAAAUUGCUGGGAUUACAGGCGUGAGCCACUGCACCCAGCCCAGCCCUCAGUUCCUUUUUUGAAACUCUGGAUUAUUGGUCUCAAGAUAGUGUUACAAUGUUAAUUGACACCAUAAAACUAAAAAAUGUUCUAUUGCAUAAGAUACAAUAAGGUAAAUUAUUAACAUUUAUAAAGCCUGGGGAAAGACAGCGUUCUCAUAUUUUUAUUUCUUCUUUACAGUUUCUUCCAGUAGCUUUGGAUUAGAUUUCUCCCCUCUAUGAGUUGUCACAGAACUCUCUGAUGUAUCAUUUCAUCUUUUUCAGUAUCUUUAGUUGGAGACAGUACAUCUGAGCCUGGAGGAAAUGAAUCCUCUAAUCUCGUUUUUUAAAGCAAAGAUGAGGCUCCAGAGUCAGUUAGAAGAUUUUAAUCUCUUCUUUGCUUUCGAUGGAGCAGUAUAACUGGACAAAUUCUCAAGGCCCCAUAUUUCGUAUACAGUUUUUGUGCAUCAGAAAUCUCUGAGUGUUUUUGAGGGUUCUGGCUCAAAGUCUCUCAUAAGACUAUAGUCAAGAUGUUGGCCAGUGCUGCAGUCAUCUGAAGGCCCGAUGUGCGGCUGGAGACUCUACUUUCGAAGUAGCUCACUCACAUGGCGGGCAUAUCGGUGCUGGCUGUUGGCCUCAGUUGACUUUUCCAGACAGUGUCCUCAUAACAUGGUGGCUGUCUCCCACCGCAUGAGUGUUCAAUCGUAUUUGAUUAGAACAAUGGCAGCAUCCUAUCAUUCGACUUAAUAGAGCAAACUGAAUUUGUAUUUCAACAUUUACAUAAAGCAAAGUACAUUGAAAUUUUUUUGUAGCGAUAUUAACUUUCUGAUGUGUAUGGGAGGGCUUCUGCGCAUUGGGGGUUGUGGUCUUGUCAGACAGUACUAUUGCUUUGGCAUUGCACAGAAAACUUCAUUUUGAAACAUUAGUCUUUUGUUGACCAUCUUGGUCUAGAUGAAGUUCUCCAGAGGCCAUGAAUUUGUGGCUUGAAUUUUCAUAUCUCAUGUAAAAUGGGAAGAUAAUUAACUAAAACAGGAGGAUAAUUUUGUAAAAAAUUACUUUCUAUGGAUUUAUUUGAAUGGGCAUUUAAAUCCUUUAUUAUACAUAAAAUAUUAGUGGGUAGAAAACAAAAUUCAAAUAGAUUUUAUUGAGAAACUCUAACGUAUUAGGGUUCUCCAGAAAAACAGAACCAAUAGGGUACAUAUGAAUAUGUAGAAAGAGAUUUAUUAUGAAGGAUUGGCUCACACAAUUAUGGAGGUCAAGAAGUCCCACCAUCUGCCAUCCAUAAGCUGAAGAACCAGAAGAGCUGGUGAUGCAGUUCGAGGUCAAGCCUGAAGGCCUGAGAACCAGGUGAGCUGGUAGUGUAAGUCCUAGUCAGAGUCUGAAGGCCCAAGAACCAGGAGUGCUGAUGUCUAAGGGUAGGAAAGGAUGGAUGUCCCAGCUCAAGAAGAUAGCUUCAGCCUUUUUCUUCUAUUCUGGCCCUCAGUGGAUUGCAGGAUGCCUGCCCACAUUGGCGAAGGGGGAUCUUCUUUACUGUGUCUACUGAUUCAAAUGCAAAUAUCUGCCAGAAACACUCUCACAGACAUACCCCAAAAUGAUGUUUUACCAGCUGCCUGGGCAUGCCUUAAUCCAGUCAAAUUGACACAUCAAAUUAACCAUCACACUCAACAUCUUAUUUGGAGCAUCUUUUAAAUGACUUUGGUUUCCAAGGAAUUGCAAUUACUGAAGUCUUGUGUUUUCCACAGAUACACCAAAGGAUUUGUUUUCUUUUUUCUUUAUUUAUUUUUUAAAGUUAUCAAAAAGUUAGAGGGAGAGGCAGCAAGAAUUUUUAGGGAAAUACACUUGUGAGAAACAAGGAAAUACAGUCAUGCAUUGCUUAACGAUGGAGCUACAUUCUGAGAAAUGUGUCGUUAAGUGAUUUUGUCGUUGUUCGAACAUUCUGGAAUGUACUUGCACAAACCUAGAUAGUCUAGCCUACUAGUCACCUAGGCUGUAUGGUAUAGUCUAUUGCUCCUGGUCUAUAAACCUGCACAGCAUGUUACUGUACUGAACACUGUAGGCAACUGUAACACAGAGGUAUUUGUCUAAACAUAUGGAAACAUAGAAAAGAAACAGUAAAAAUAUGGUAUUACAGUCUUACAGGACCGCCAUUGUACAUGGAGUUCACUGUUGACUUAAACAUCAUUUUGUGGGGUAUGGCUGUAUUUAGUUUGGACCUACCCCCACCAGGGUCUUAUGCUACCUACUAAUACUGAGUAACAAUCCAAACUCAUCGUGUCCCCCCCUUCGUCCUAAAACCCGAACAUUCCGCUCUGUGAUCCCUUGUGAUCUGGAGCUGGUGGCCCUGUUCACCUGGUCAUGGCUCCAAGCCAUGGCCUGACUGGGGACCCUUUCAUUGCUCCCCACCUCCAAAAGAGCCAGACCUGUGGGUUCUGCCCUAGCAAUGCUGCCCAGCUCUGCCUUCUGUCCAUUUACUUUCUCCUUUCCCACUGUAUCUGCUCCAGUGCCCAGUCAUUUCUCUCCUGGGCUACUGCAGUGGAUCCUAAUGGCCUCUGGGCUCCUCAUCUUCUCUCAACUGCUUGCAGAUUAAUUUUGCCUACCUAAAAUUCAUGUUUUCUCAAUGUUUAUUAAAUAAAAUUCCAGUGUCUCAGCUGCUGGAGGUGUUCCACCCAAAGGCACCAAGUUAUCUUUUAUAUUUAAUGUCAUCUCCUCUUGACAAUCGUAAAAGGGGACUGUACACUCUAACUCUAAUAUGAACCCUCUCCUUAAUUCUUUGCUCUUGUUCUUUCUGUAAAUGAUGUGGGCCCCAAUCCCACCCUUCCUUUAGGACCUAUCUUAAAUGCCACCACCCCUGCAAAGAUUUUCCUCCUGACCUCCUUUUUCCUCUACCAGACCUGUUGUUUCUCUUUUUAGGUGGCUCACUGAACUUUGUAUCCCUCGUGUUAUUUAAUCAUAAUCGGUUUAUUUAAACAUAGCAUGUGUGUACUUAACCUUAUCAUUCCCGCAUUUUUUGCUAGUUGGACUCGAACAAAUAGAGUUGUAUAAAUCCAUUGGAAAAAAGUAUUCAAGAUAGGAAAGGUCAAAAUUACUGUGUUAGUUUAUCAGAUACAAAGUAAAGCUAUGCAGAAUUUUAAAAAUUACAUCUACAUAUAAUACAGCACCUACAUGUUUGUGUAUUUAUUAUUUUGCUAAGAUGGCUUUGUUCUAGUAUUAAAGGAUACAGAAGUGUGGCAUUACUUUUUAUUCAUGGCUGCACCUAAAACAUUAUUUCCGUCCCAGCAGAUAAUUUGAGAACAUAAAAAUGCUCCAACAUCUCUUUCAGUUCGGGAUGUUGCCUAAAAACGUCGACAAACGCUAUGUUUGAGAAGGGAGGCUACGCUGGGGCGCCGGAGGAGACAGGCCCUUAAGAACCUUCCAGAGAUGCCUUAACUGGGCUAACAGCUUGCCGCGCCGGGGCAGGCAGAGGGGUGCGGGGCGCGCUCCUUCCAGGACUUGCCAGUCCCCAAGAACCAGGCCGACCGGUUCCCUCCACUGACUCCCGCCUCCCUCUGCAGGCCCAGCCCUGCGCCGCGCGCCCUCUCCCCGAGCGCCCAGGCCCGGCGGGGGCCUAGAGGGCAGGGAUGGCCCGGGCGAGGGACGGGGUCCCGGAGGCGGGAGGCGGGAGGCGGGAGGCGGGAGGCCGCGCGCUGUCGGGGUUUCCAGGUGAAGUACAGGCAAACAACUGGUCGGUCUGGGCGGAGCCGGGCGGGCGGGGCGAGGGCGGAGGGCGCAUUGCCUCAUCCUGUACAUUUUACUGGAAAUCGGACGCAUCCGGAGGAGGGGCUGGGAGGCGGCCCGGGCACCGCCAAUGGCCGGGCCGGGCGCCGGGGAGGUCGGCGAGCGCGGCGGCCGGUUAAAUACCCUGGCAGGCCCGCGCCGCGCCCGUACCGGCCCGCGCCGUCCGCCCGCCGACAGCUCCCUGAGCCCGCCCAGGAGGCAGCCGCGCGCAGCGAGCCGGUGGCGCAGGUGUCGGGGUCCCCGAGCGCCCAGCCUGGGAGCAUGAUUGUGGACAAACUGCUGGACGACAGCCGCGGCGGAGAGGGGCUGCGGGACGCGGCGGGCGGCUGCGGCCUCAUGACCAGCCCGCUCAACCUGAGCUACUUCUACGGCGCGUCGCCGCCCGCCGCCGCCCCGGGCGCCUGCGACGCCAGCUGCUCGGUCUCGGGCCCCUCGGCGCCCGGCUCGCCCGGCUCCGACUCCUCCGACUUCUCCUCUGCCUCGUCGGUGUCCUCCUGCGGCGCCGUGGAGUCCCGGUCGAGAGGCUGCGCCCGCGCCGAGCGCCAGCCAGGUACCCGUCGGCCCCGCACCGCUGCGUACUUGGGGCGCGCACGCCUAGGAGGUUGGGAGCGGGACUCCCCAGAUGGAGGGUGGCCCCUGCGCCCUCCUUAGAGCCAGGACGUACGCACCUUAGCCAUCAAUUACCACUCCCCGCCUUGCCCGGGCCGGGCGCCUGCCUGACCUACACGCUCUUCGCCGGCCCGCGGAACCGGCGCCCUCCCGCGGGCCUCGGGGCUUCAGAAACCGCUCAGCCGAGCUCUGACUGCCGGGCGAGUGCCCAGGAGAUCGCUCGCUCUCUAAGAGGCAGCUUUGUUGAGUCAUAAUUAAUAUACUAUGGUGAGAUUUGGGGUCUGAUGUAGGUGUAAUUUUCUUCUUGUGACUGUUUUAGUGAAAAGCUGUAGCAGAGGAUAAGGGUUUGGGAAUUGCGUUAAAGGUCAUGACUUAUUUCUCAGUUUUUAUGGAAUUUUUCAGUAAAAAGACUUCACCGUCAAAGAAAAGGAAACUGCUGUUACCAAGGUGAAGCCGGGCUGAAAACCAACUCAAGUUAUGCCUUUAGUUUGGCGAGUUUCGGAAGUCUGCCUGGAAUUUUUGCGGUCUUGUUUUUGUUGUGUGUGCCUUAAAAAAAAUGGAUAAGCCAUAUCUAGCAGAGAAAGACGUAAUGUUAUCUUUCAUCGGCUGCGAAUUGGUUUCCUUUCUUAGUGAACCGAGUUGCAUAAUUUGGGGGAAAACAGGAUGCCCCUGUGGGUAGGCUAGAAAAACGCCUCGAUAAUUGAACGUUGAGAGUAAUUAGCAUGAUUUUAAAGAACGUCUCUUUCCGGUGUUUCCCACUCUUAGCCACUCCUGUUUUGGUUGUGAUUUAUUUUAAAAAGUGAUUUCUCAUUUUCAUUUUAAGUCAUUUAAAAUCAUGCGAAAAGCGAUUUAGACCACUGUGUAGCAGAUCCAGAAAGAAUGUGUGUUUAGGACCUUUUCUUUCCCAUUUGGCCUUCAUCUGGCUGAAACUGUUUUGCUGGUCCCUUGGUUUACCACACAGCCACAGGGGAUUUCUGAAACUGCAUUUUUUUCUCUCUGUGACGUUGGAUUAUUAACUGCUGUCAUUCCAGAAAAAUGCUGUGUUAGAUUCUGGCAAUUCUGGUAUCUUGAAAUCCCUAAACUUAAAAAUAAAGCCAACUAAUGUUUCACUUACCCUAUCGUUGAACUGUUUAUCUCAUGUAUUUAUGAUAGAUACAUAUGUUCAAAUUACGCGUUGUUUCUUGCCCCAUUUUAUUUUUGUACACUUGAUGGAGCGGCUGAAUUAUUCAUUUCCUGACUUUGUGAAUUUGUGUUCAACACACAUACUAAGAGGUUGUGACAUAAUAGUGAUCAGAAGUGGAGUACUGUACUUGUAUACCAAAUGCUAAAGUGUAUUUCAAAGUUUAAAAGUGAAACAAGCAUAUUUCCUUUUUACUUAGAAGACCUGUGUAAGUAAUUCCAAAAACAGUCAAUGAGGGGAAAUCCUGUGUGCAUAUAUAGAAAUGUGUUUAAGCUCAGUAAAUUUAAGCAGCUUUUUUGGCACAGUUGAAUUGAAGGAAAUAAUAAGACAUAAGUCUAAGACAUUGUUAAUUGUCAGGUUUUGGUACAUUGAGAUCUUUGAAAGAAGUUGUUUUGUGCCUUCUUAGGUAAGCGGAAUUGAUAGACUUUAAAAUUUCUAUGUGAACAUAAAACCAUUGGUUUAAAAAGCUAAAAGUGCAUCAUUUAUCACUUGCUCCCCAAAGUUUUUCCAUAAGUCAAGAAUAAUUAUAGAACUAUGAGAGUCAGGAUGGCAAAAUCUGUGAUCCAUUCUCAUGGGUGGUUAGGGCUGAGAAAAAAAUGUGAUCCACUCUCAUGGGUGGUUAGAGCUGAGAGAUAGAGAGGCUUAAUUUGGGUUUACCUAUUGGCUCUGAGGAUCCUUGACCAAAUUUUUAUGAACUUUAAUUUCUUAGGGUACCCAGUAGGGAAAGGUAUCAGGCAACUUAGGACCCUUGAGCAGAGCUCGGGACUCACAAGGCCAUUGAUUGACCAGAGCAAGUUGGAAAAGUUUUGCAAUCUGCUGCUUGGGGACUUUAUACAUUAGGCAACAGCUAUACUUUUGGGAUUAUUAACGUUUAUGUCUGUGAAGAUAUUUAACCAGGAAUAUGUUUUGUUUUCUUCUGAACAGUUGAGCCCCAUAUGGGGGUUGGCAGGCAGCAGAGAGGCCCCUUUCAAGGUGUUCGGGUAAAGAACUCGGUGAAGGAACUCCUGUUGCACAUCCGAAGUCAUAAACAGAAGGCUUCUGGCCAAGCUGUGGAUGAUUUUAAGGUGACAUCUAUUUUUCUGUUUCGAGUAUAGAGUUGGGGAGAGGGGUUAGUCUGUCAGGGUUAUUAUGAUGACCUAGGUCCAGUCAUCAAGUAAGUCACUUGAAAUUUUUCAUAGAUGACAAAGUCCAUAGGACAGAGACCAUAUUUGUCUGGUCUGUUGUAUCCUACUUAGGCCAGUGCCAGACACCUGGUAGGUGGGCAAGAGAAACUUAAAGAAUGAAUAAAUGAAGACAAGUUCAGAGACUCAACCGAAAUGGAACAUUUUAACUAGAAAGGGAAAAAUCAAAUGGUCUUAUUAAUUUCAUCUUGACCUGCAUUGAGCUAAGGUGAAAGUGAAAAUGAGGAAGUUGCAAGAUAGAAUAAAAA